AUGUUCGGACUGAAGACUUUCACCGUCUACCUGGCUUGUGUGGUUUGCGUCAUGGUCAACUCCAGCCACGGUUCCGAGAUUAUAGGAGGGAAAGAAGUGACCCCACACUCGCUGCGCUACAUGGCCUUCCUGGAAGCAAGCUGUGGAGGCACACUGAUCCAUCCACAAUGGGUGCUGACUGCCGCCCACUGCACAGGCAUCGAAAAAGUGUUCCUGGGAGUGCACUCAAUCAAAAACAUGGACAAAAAUUCGGUGCAGGUUCGUAGAGUGGUAAAGGCGUUUCCUCAUCCGUGGUAUGAUGACAAUGUCAAGGAAAACGACCUCAUGUUGUUCAAGCUCAAUAAACCAGUUCAACGAACCAAGACCGUGCAGUGGCUCAGUCUGCAGAAAGCUGUAGCAGAUCCAGCCGACGGCACCAGCUGCAUGGCGGCUGGUUGGGGAGAAACAAAUGAAAACGCGGCGAAACCGAAAAUGUCAGACGUGCUGAUGUCUGUGAAUGUGACUGUGGUAAACAGAAAAGACUGCAACAAUCGAUACAGCUAUCGCCCCAUCACGAAGAACAUGGUAUGUGCCGGUUCGAAGGGCAAAAAGAAGACGGACACCUGUCAGGGAGACUCUGGAGGGCCGCUGAUUUGCAACGGAGUGCAGGUGGGAGUCACUUCUUUUGGAGGCAAGUGUGGCGACCCGAAGAAACCUGGAGUGUACGCCUUCCUCUCAAAGAUGCAGCUGAAAUGGAUUGAAAACGUCAUGAACAGGAGCGAUGCCUAAAGAUUUUAAUGAUCUCAUCACACAUUUGAAAAUGUGUCACUCAUACAGUUGAAACUGAAUUUGAGUUUUGAGGAUAAAUCAAGCAUUUAUAAUCAGCUUAUUAUUGUGUAUUUCCUUUUCCGCUCUCUUGCAUCUGUAUCCACACUGUGGUCGCUGAUAUAACGAAGAUUUAAUGGCCAUAUAGCUGGAAGUUAUAUAUUUUUCUCUCUCUCGCCAUGCUCUUUUUAUUUCUUGUCUAGAUGCAGUAGUGUGUGUGCUUAGAAUCAGAAAAUCAUUUCACAUUUCUCGAGAUUAGCGAUCGGGUUGAGUCCUGACUUGCCACGUGAAAAAAAAUGAUGCAUGAAUGAUACGCUUUAAGCCUAACAAUAAAGUGCUGUCAGUCAAAUCGAACCCGUUUCACACUCCUGUUUUUUAUGCUUCAUCUGAAACUGAGACUU